AUGGCAGCCAUUGGGCUGCUCUGCUUUCUCGUCUUCUCUGCGGGAAUUCAUGUGAUCUCCUCUGUAACAGACCCUGGGGAUUUGGUGGUACUCCGAUCUUUGAAGGAUCAGUGGCAGAACACACCACCAAGCUGGGGAAAGUCAGAUGAUGCUUGUGGAACACCCUGGGAAGGAGUCGCCUGCGAAAACUCAAGGGUCACUGCACUGGGGUUAUCAACAAUGGGACUCGUGGGUAAACUAACCGGUGAUAUCGGAGGUCUCACUGAAUUGAAAUCCUUGGACCUAUCAUUUAACCGAGGCCUCACAGGUACCCUCACUCCACGAUUAGGAGAUUUGCAAAGCCUGAAAAUCUUAAUUUUAGCUGGCUGUGGCUUCAGUGGCAACAUACCAAAUGAGCUGGGAAAGCUUGCAGAGCUAUCUUUUUUAGCUCUGAACUCGAACAACUUCACUGGUGGAAUACCUCCUUCUUUGGGCAAUCUUUCGAAACUCUACUGGCUGGACCUGGCAGAUAAUCAGCUGACAGGAUCUCUUCCUGUUUCAACAAUGAUCACCCCAGGCUUGGACCUCCUUAAGAAGGCAAAACACUUCCAUUUCAAUAAAAACCAGCUUUCAGGAACGAUCCCAGCCAAAAUUUUCAGCUCUGACAUGGUACUAAUACACGUACUGUUUGAUGGAAAUCAAUUAGAAGGGAGAAUUCCAACCACACUAGGAUUAGUUCAAACACUCGAGGUUUUGCGGCUCGACAGAAAUGACCUAACAGGCAAUGUGCCAUCAAACCUCAACAAUCUCACGAGUGUUAUUGAACUGAAUUUAGCACACAACAACCUGUUUGGUGCAUUACCAGACUUGACUGGAAUGGACUCGCUCAAUUACUUGGACUUAAGCAACAACUCCUUUACACCAUCAGAAGCUCCAGCUUGGUUCUCAACCUUAUCAUCACUAACCACUUUGGUUAUGGAAUAUAGUUCACUUCAAGGAUCUGUGCCACAGAGACUCUUCAGUUUCCCACAGAUAGGACAAGUGAAACUGAGGAACAAUGCACUGAACGCCACGUUGAACAUGGGUAGCAGCAUCAGCCCGCAGCUGCAACUUGUUGAUUUGGAGAACAACAAUAUAUCCUCAGUAACACUUGGCUCUGGAUACACAAAUACAUUAAUGUAA